AAGUCGUGGUCUGAAUGCGCCCGUGCAAUGAUGGAGCUAGAUCAGGCGAACAUCAAGCGAUGGAAGGAAGACAUCGACACACUGCUUGUAUUUGCGGGCCUUUUCUCUUCAGUCGUGACCGGGUUCCUUGUGGAGUCCGUUAAAUCACUUCGACCCGAACCUCUUGCCGCCACAGUGGUCGUUCUCGAGCGAAUUUCCGCCCAGCUGCGGAAUUCUUCUGGAGAUAUCACGGAGCCGACUGAAGAGCCUUUUGUCCCCACCCGCCACAACAUCGAGAUCAACGGUCUCUGGUUCGCCAGUCUCAUCCUCAGCCUAGGCGUGGCCUUCGUGGGCAUCCUCGUGAAGCAGUGGCUGGGGGAUUAUUCCCGCGGCCUGCUGACC